AUGAGCGACUUGGACGAUGAUUCUUGGGACGCCAAGGCGAGCUGUCUGUCACCGAUCAGUGUGGCUCAGUUCUCAAAGUGUGACACCGAUCGUGGCACGGUAAUAGCUCGUCGGCUUCCCUUGCCAGAGACUGCUUCCUCAGUGGACACGUUUCUGAUAACCAUGCCUACAUUGCCAGGCAGGCAAUGCGGUAGCAGCAGCCCGCCAAUAUUGAUCAAACCCCGUUUGCCGAAAGAACGAACGAGGAAUUCAGAGGUGAUAAUGGGAAGACGAAACCACAGUACCAGAUACCUCUGCAUAGUCUUGCUGGUUGCCACUAGCGUCGGUGCUGUGAUUGUUUCACGCAGUGUCGUCGAUUGGAAGGGAUUUUACAUAAGACGGAAUGGAACUCCCGUGGUCGGGCUAAGGAGUCCGUCCCUAUGGAUAUCCCAACUUGUGGCUGAUGCUGCCUUGCCUGACGAUAUUGAUACCCCAGUUCCCAGUGAUGAUGAUCCAGAUUGGGAUCCGAGGGCAAUGAAUGAGCUCAGAGGACUCAACAUAUCUCUAAACUCACUGCAUGGAAUGGUGCCCUUUGAGGUGGGCAGCAAAGCAUCACAACCGUUUCUGUGGUGGGACAGGGUCCCGACGGAACUCGCAGCCUUGGCAACCGCAUUACCGAUGGAUUGGCUUCCCAAAGCAACAUUGCUAGGGUCCUACCCAAUAAAGAUCGGCCUCUCGUCCGAGAUGAACAAUCUGCCACUGUCAGCGGGAGCUAUGACUGACUUGAUGGAUCUGAGAAACUUAGCUGCUACUGCUCGUAUCCCACACGGCGAUCUUGUGGUUCAGACCGAGAGCAAGCAGGAGGCACCCCAGGCUACACCUGCUAGGAGUCCCGUCUUGGAUCUGGACCAAGAACGGCGGCGACAACUGGAGUACAACAAACUACAAAGUCGCAUUCUAAUGGCUGACCUAGCCUCGUUGGCGCUCCCGCCAAAGGCCUCGCAAAGGUACACUGUUCCGCUUCACUUUGGAAGUGAGUGGACGAGGUACUCUUUGCUGAGAAUACGUGGCCCGGUCCCUUUACUCUUGACUCAAAAGUGGAGUAGAUUCACGGCUCUGUCUUAUUGGAAUACAUCCAUGCAACACAGAAACGAACCGCCUGUGUCUCUGUUGGAGCUCUCACCGCUCGUGAGGGAGACAUUGGUAACACUAUACCAAACCUCCAGAGCUGCGGGCAUAAAGCCGCUACAUACUGCUGCAGUGCCAGCGAGGGAUGCUAUGGUCCAAUCUUGUUCAACCCUGAAACUGUUUGAAGUGGCAGAGAGUCGAAUUGCUGGAACCACGCCACCACUCGACUUUGCAAACCCUAUUGAAGCGUCCAAGACCUUGCUUGAAUACAGCAGCGUGUUUUCCCAAGACCCUAUGACUGGUGUUCUUCCAACCGAGCUGGCCGAUUCGGCCACUUCGAGGUUGGAGUUAUUACAUGACAGACACCUUGCUCUUGGGACGAGCAAUCAAGUGAUCUCGCAAGUAUCAUUAAGCAAUGCUUGGGGCAACGAUUCUGUUUCACCGUUGGCGUCUCGAGAACCAGUCUGGUCUACAUCAUCUUCCGAGCUAUUUGACUAUUGGGAGACAGGCUUUGACUGUAGGAUGCACCGUCCUGGACACGUGUGGACCAUUGAUAUGAAAUCAAAUGAAACGAAAGAAUGUCCGAACGCGUUUGUCGGGGAGGGAAGAAAUACGUUGUAUUAA